AUGAGUUCAACCAAUGGAUUUCAUUCAACACCACAAACCUCUUCUAAUUUUUCAGAAGUCUUUAUUAUCUCAGCUGGUCGUAGUCCAGUAGGAUCGAUGUCAGGUGUAUUAAAAUCAUUACAAGCUACCGAACUAGGAUCUCAAGUUGUUAAAGGAACAAUUUCAAAAGCAGGACUUCAACCUAAUCAAAUCGAAGAAAUCUUUAUGGGUCAUGUCUUACAAGCUAAUACUGGACAAAGUCCCGCUCGUCAAGUCGUCAUCGGUUCAGGUUGUUCUCCUUCUACUGAAGCUACUACUAUUAAUAAGGUUUGUGCUAGUGGUAUGAAAUCGAUCAUUUUGGCUACUCAAGCUUUACAACUUGGGAAUCGAUCGGUUAUGGUUGCUGGUGGAAUGGAAUCUAUGAGUAAUUCACCAUUCUAUUUACCACGCGGUGCCAGUUUUGGACACUUUCAAGCAUCUGAUUCGAUUGUCAAAGACGGAUUAUGGGACGUAUACAACCAAAUCCAUAUGGGAAACUGUGCGGAAAAAACAGCCAAUGAUCAUUCGAUCAGUCGAGAAGCCCAAGACGAAUAUGCGAUUGAAUCAUACAGACGAGCCACAGAAGCAUGGUCGCAAAACGUUUUUAAAGAAGAAAUCAUUCCGAUUGAGAUUAUGGAUAAACGAACUGGAAAACUUACAAGUGUGGUGGAAGAUGAAGAGUAUAAGAAUAUCAAGUUGGAGAAAGUCAAGAGUUUGAGACCGGUCUUUAAGAAGGAAGGUGGAACUGUUACCGCGGCUAAUGCUUCGACUCUUAAUGAUGGGGCUUCUGCUGUGGUCUUGAUGACGGGUGAAAAAGCUGAUGAGUUGGGGGUUAAGAAGUUGGCUAAAAUCAUUGCUUAUGCAGAUGCAGCAUGUGAUCCGAUUGAUUUUCCAAUCGCACCUACUUUAGCCAUUCCAAUCGCCUUGAAAAAAGCAGGAUUAAAGAUUUCAGAUAUGUCCAAGAUUGAAAUCAAUGAAGCUUUUUCAGUCGUUGCUUUGGCUAACAUGAAGAUCUUAGGCAUCGAUCAUUCAAAGGUGAAUGUUAAUGGGGGUGGUGUGGCUUUAGGUCAUCCGAUUGGUUCUUCUGGCUCUAGGAUCGUCGUUAGUUUGGUUCAUUCACUUUUACCGGGUGAAUUUGGUUUGGCUGGAAUAUGUAAUGGAGGUGGUGCUGCUUCUGCUAUGGUCAUUCAAAGAGUUUGA